AUGGCCACAGCGCAUACAAGAGGCACACAGGUCGCCCACGAUACUAUAAUACCAAUGUCAACUCGGUCGGUGCUGGGUCCGCAUGGGGUUUCGGAUCUGGUGGGAAUAGCAAUGGUUGUGAUGGGGGAGGGUCGGGAGGAUCAGGAGGAGAUGGUGGUGGUGGUGGAGGAGGAUGCUAGUCAGAUUGAAGGAUAA